AUGGAUGUCAAUGAGGACACGCUCCCUGAGCUGCAGCCCAUCUUCACCCUGCUGAAUAGCCAUACCAAUAAGCUGUACCAUGAGGGCUAUUUCCUAAAGCUCGACGACCAGGACAUCCGGGGAAAGCCCAAUCCAGAUCGGACAUGGACCGAAUGCUUUGCCCAGCUGGUCGGCACUGUGCUUUCCCUGUGGGAUGCCGCAGAGCUGGACGCUGCAGGUGACCACGGGGAGGUGCUUCCCAAGUUCAUCAACUUGACGGAUGCAUCGAUCAAGAUGAUUGAGUCGCUUCCGACGAGAACUAACGACGAGCAGCCGCUGCAGAAUAUCUUAAGCAUUAGUACAGCCGGCCGGAACCGGUAUUUGCUUCACUUCAACUCACAUAAUUCGUUGGUCCAAUGGACCUCGGGGAUACGUCUGGCCAUGUUUGAGCACUCCACGCUCCAGGAGGCUUAUACGGGUGCCCUAAUCGCCGGAAAGGGGAAAACCUUGAACAACAUUAAUAUCAUCAUGGAGCGGGCGAGACUGCCGGUUCAGGAAUGGGUGCGUGUAAGAUUUGGCGCUGGCGUCCCCUGGCGGCGCUGCUGGUGCGUCAUCGAACCUCCGAGCGAGAAGGAAUACCAGAAGGCGCAAAAGGACUUCAAGAAGCGCUCUCCCUACGAUCGCUCGCACGUUCCUAUCUUGAAAGGCGAGAUUAAGUUCUUCGACUCGAAGAAGGAGGCCGAGAAAAAGAAGAAGCACCAACGACCAAUCGCAUCUAUUUCCGACGCUUACUCUGCUUACGCCAUCUACCCGCAGUCCAAGGCAUUGAUUGACGGCUCAACGCUCUUGAAAAUCGAGGGCGAGAUCGCGAUCCACUCUGACCCCCCCUCGACCACCGAAGGCUUUGUGUUCAUAAUGCCCGAAACUCCCCCCGCCGUGUCAGGUUUCGAAAUGCUGCUCCGAUUUCUCUUUCCAACGUGGGAUACAUUCGGCCUGUACGGCCGCCCUGGCCGCUUGGUCGCAAGCGUUCUUGAUCCGCGCUCGCUGAUGUUUGCAAUGCCAAAGCACAAGAAAUAUGGGUACCUUGAGAUUCUGGAUGUGAGCGGAUUGAUUUCGACUGACGGGAGCUCCUCUUGGUCCGAACGGGAGUGGCGGAAACGGCUGAAGGAACUGACAGGGCAACGCAUGACCGCCAUGGAAGAGGAGGCCGGGAGCCGGAGCACGAGUCGCAACGGCAAACGCCUAAGUCACGGUGUUCAAAAUUCGGCGUCAUCUCGGCCGAGGGUGGGGUUUGCCGAUGACGCGGGCUCUGUCCGUUCAUCCCGGUCAUUGUCGCUAUCGCGCCCUGGCUUACGCAACGACUCGGCUCCCCCGGAUCCGAACCGUGGACGGGCACCAUUUGAACCAACAGCACAUUCCAGGCACUCCCGCAACGCCUCGGAUACACAGGUAGGCGAGGCGUCCUCUCUUGGUUUUGACGCCUCCUCGUCACUCCCCUCUGCGAUGCGCCCCGCCGAGCGCGCUAGGACCUUUGCUAGUGACCUAACCUCCACCCCUGAGAGAGUGAGCUCCGAGGACGACAGCCCUGUGAGAGACACCGCAGUCAAUAAUUUCGGUGGGAUGCAGCGUAUGGAGACACCGGAACCAGUCAACGCACCGCCAGCGUUCUCUCAUGGUGCCGGCUCUCAGCCGCAGCAAAAGCCUGUUCCUUCGCCCGAAAUGCGCAGGCGGACUGCCCGUUUGUCAAGCAACACACUAUCACAACUUGCGAAAGCCGGAGGCCUGACGCCAGAUUCCUUUCCGGACGACUUCCUUGAAGGGCACCGUGAUGAUGGGAGCGAGGGUACCACACCAACGAAAACCGACCCACGAGGUCCAGCGGUACUGCCACAAGCCAGCGCCAACGCCUUGGGAAUGAAUGCUGAUAUAAAUGGAUCUCAUGAAGUUCUAACAUCGCCGAUAAAUGCCCGUCCCGGCCACGAUGCCCCCGGUCUACCCCGAGAGUCGCACAUGGAUCCAUCUAAGAAACAGCCCGGCUCAGCAGUGGGAGGAUUUGCGCGGGAUCUGGCUGCCAACCCUCCUCUUUCUUUCCGCCCUGAUCCCCACCACGGAGGUCCUCUACCAAAUGGCGGGCACCCAUCUCACGAUGGCCGCGACUUUCGGACGCGAGACAUGCAUAUGGGCUGCCCAACCCCCGCGGGCUUGGAAAGGCAUGCCCCUGGCCAGCCGAGAUUUCCACCUCCCGGCGCUCGUCGGACACCUUCCCCCGGCCGUCAGCAGCCCCCCCGUCUCCAAGGAGAUUCACCUCCCAUCAACAGGAAGCCUCUUCCGCCAAGGUCCACAAGCCUCAAACGCGGUGGGGAUGACGUCGUCUCCCCCGUAUCGCCGUAUUCACCGCCAAGUAAUUCUUUGCCGCUAAUUCCCGGACAACAACCCCGUGGGCCGGGUAGCGAGAGGGGCACGGACAAUACUCAUGACGAUAACGCUUCUACAACCAGCCCAGACUAUGCGAGUACGCGUCCAUCUAUAGAUACUCAAGAGUCUGUGGAUCGCCCCCGCGCCGGCGUGCUCAAGACUAUCGGGAGUGACACAGCAGACCUGCCCAGAGCCGCGACCGACAGAGAUUUCGACAUACCCGAGAUUAAUUUCGGACCGACAAUCAACUACGGCGCAACUGCCAUCACUGGGAAUAAAGUCUCGCCAUCACCCAACCCUUCGAAGGCUCGUCCGCAUACCCCCGGGCGAAAAUCCCCUGGACCUGCCACAGCGUACUCCCAUGCUCGUCAGGUAUCGGAAGAUACCAAUCGUCGAAGUGUUGUCUGGCAACCCGGGGUUGUUAUUGGGACAGCUACGAACAACAACGUAGUCUCCCCCGAGCAGUUUGUCCAACAGCGUGCGGCUGCUGCGCCUUUGUAUUCACAUCAGCGCAGCGCCUCGGGGAACACCGUGACGGAGUUCAGAGCCGGCACGCCCACCUCGCCUUACAAGCGUCCUGGCAGCCACUCUCGACAUAAUUCGGCCGAACUGCUCUCGUCCAGCCGCCCUGUUACCCCGAGUUCAGCGGCCGCCCUGUCAGGUGGCGAGAUGUCUUCACACCUGUCGGCUCGGGAACAAGAACACGUCGCGCGUAUCACUGGCAGCCCUUUGGUCGCGUUUGCUGGAAUUAAGGGCCCCUCGCCAACCCAAGGCGGUCUCGUUGGGGCGAUCGAGGCAAGGGAGCGCGAGAGGGCGCAGAUGAGGCAGGGUAUAGGAGGCCAGGCAGUCGCGCAGGCUAUUGACCAGAGACAGCGGGAACAACACCAGCAGGCGCAACGAGCGGCGCAGGCUGCCUAUGCCCAGCAACAGGGUCAUUUCGUUGCCCACCAGAUUCCGACUGGCCCACAGAGCCCCGUGAACAUGGGGAUGCCGCCUGGCGGGGCGCCUUCGUUGUACGGCCCAGCCAUGACAGGUAAGAAUCCUCGCAGCAUGAGUCCCGGCCCUGGCAUGAUGAGCCCGACACGGCCUGGUCAGGGCUUCCAGCCAGGACCCGGCUAUGGGCCUCCGCCGCUACGACCGCAAAUGAUGCCUCCACAAGGCUCGUUUAAUAACAACGGUCCUGCAGGUAUCCCAGGGCUUGCGCAAGGAGGGGGUUGGAACAUGGCCAACGCGCAGCAGUGGCAGGGCCCGUUACCGUCGCCAGUGGGCAUGGGCCGUGGAGGUCUGGGUUCACGACCACAAACGCCCGGGUUUCAGCUGCCGCCUCAGGGUCAUUAUUCGCCUGUGGGAUCACCGGGCGGACCGCGGCCGGGAACACCGGGUCGAAUGCAAUACCAAGGCCAGGCUUUCUAG